UCUUCGUGUUCCGCGAGCUGCUGGACAUGCCCAACGUUGAGGCGCUGCGGGAGUCCGAGUACAAGGAGCACUACGAGCUGCUGCGCAUCUUCUGCUUCGGCACAUACAACGACUAUCUGGCACGAAAGAGCGAGCUGCCGGAACUCACGCCGCAGCAAGUGAACAAACUCAGGAAGCUCACGGCUGUGUCGCUCGCACACAGGUUCAAGAACAUCCCCUACGAUACGCUGAUGCAGGAUCUGGGCGUCUCGACGGUGCGCGAGGUGGAAGAUAUCUUGAUCGACACAAUCUACUCGGGUCUGAUUCAGGGCAAACUGGACCAGAAAUUGCGCUGCUUCGUUGUGAAGUACGCUGUCGGGCGCGACACGCAUCACGAGGACAUCGACGACAUGAUUCAGAAACUUACCAACUGGAAGACGCAGUCUGCUGAGAUUUGUGAGAAGAUCAACACCAUCCUCGCUAUGGCGGAGAAACAGGAAGAGGACGAACGCACACGCGAGGAAGGUAUUCGCACCAAGAUUGCAGCUCGAGCAAGUGAGCGCGACAAGGGCAUGGCUGCUGGUAGCGGAGGCUACCGUCCAGGCGAAGAUUUUGCCCUGUAUGCGGACGCUGGACCGCGACGAGGAGCACCGUCCAAGCAGCGCAUGCACUCGAUGGGACGCAAGGGCCGGAUGUGAGCAAGCAGAGACUCUCACCAAAAUCGAGUCAGAGUCGAUUCAAGCAAGUCGGUACUUGAACGGCACCUACAGCUAACUUUUGAUAAAGGACAGCCUACGCGCCCAGGUUUCCCAGGUUAGAAAAAUACUCAGAUUUCUGAUUCUGCAGGUAUUGUCCAGGUGAUGCCCCAGGUUAUAUCCAGGUAUAUGAAUUAUGAGCGUUAUCAGAUGAAAGUAAUUUAAACAAGGAUGGUUAAAUUACCAGAAC